AUGGAUAUUAGGCCCAUUACAAUUGGGUCAGUUGGUGGUGUUGAGUCGACUUAUGCAGUGGAUUGGUGAGUGGGUGCCUAAUUUUCGAACCUCAUAGUGGAUGGCAACGGCUUGUUGCUUUCGCAAAUCACUGCUGCAUAUCUGUUGUCGAUCUUGAUCAUAAACUGGUGAGAGUUAUUUUGAUGACUUACGUUUGCAGCUUCUGCAGUCCUUAAGUUUGCAUCAGUUCCCAGUUGUGCAGGUAAGGUUUAAAUGAUGACUUUCAUUCUAAUACUUCAAUCUGCUUCGGUAAUAUUUUGAGCUGGAGUCCGUCAAAUAUUUAGUGUCGUUAUGCCUAUUGCCUGUUUUCGCAUACUAACCUUACAAGAGUCUUCAUUCAUCCCACCAUGUCUGCUGCAUGAGUACGUGUUGUGAGUUUUGUUCCUGUUGGUUAGUACGUUAUUCUGCUUCGAUGUUUAUUUAUAAAUGUCGUUCGAUGUUAUUUCCUUGUGUGAUCUCACACGAUUUAAAUCGUGUAACUCGCGAAACGAGUUAUGUGCGAGCUCGUUCAGAGCUAAUUUUGCUAUUAAGGUUUGUUUGGAACGAUGACUAGCUAAGCGAACCUUUACCCACUUGCUAGUGAAUCCAGAAGUAGUUUCUUACACAC